UUUUGCGAGACUCCGCCAGAGCGCCUGGUAAACGGAUGUUAUUGCUUCCUGGAUGCGUCAAGAUGGCGGCAAAUGUGAAGUUCAGACAUGUCUAAACUAAUACCAGGAUUUAUAAGAGUAUUGCUAAAUUGUGAAGCUUUAAAGAAUGGAUAAUCUCUGGCAGAGUCCAUAUGUGAAUGUUUUUAAACACUUUAAUUUGACUGGAUGGAAAAAGGCAACAAAAGAAGGGGAUGUUACAUCUUAUAUGGACAAAACAGUUAAAGGCACUGUGUUUCGUAUUGUUGGCAGCAUUCCUGCAGGAAAUUAUAUUCAUCUUCCUAAGACAAGCUCUCAGUUGCUUGGACUGACGGGCCGCUAUUUUUAUCUCCAGUUCAAACCUGUUCCAUCCAAACAUUUUGUUGUUCACAUCGAUGUUGCUACAACAGAUAAUCUCAUUAUUCGUAUUUCUUUCUCCAAUCUUUUCAAAACAUUUAAAUCUACCUCUACAUGGCUACAGUUUCCAUUUAUUUGUUGUCCCUUAGGCAAUUCACUCCCUUCAUAUGCUGUGGAAGCUAAAAAAGAUCAAAGUGGAGCAGCUCCGUUAAUCACAAAAUGGACAUUACUGUGUUUGGACUUGCAGCAAAUUUUGUCAAGCUACCUAAACAGAAAGUUUCUUUAUAUUAAAUCAUUCAAGCUUUGUGCCAACAUGCUGGUCAAAAAUGUUUUUACAAGUGACCAGCUUUUUGAUCCAGAUUUAACUUUACAAGAGGCUAAAAGGCAUGGCUUGAUGGCACACAACAUCUGCCCAUUACCAAGAGAAAUGUCAUUCCCUGUAGGGAAAGGAGAAAAUUGGCAUGAUCUUUAUGAUUUGAUAAGAUUUCCAACUGACUUACCAAGUCAUCCAUUUGAUACCAUACAAGUUGGUGGAUUCCAGUCAAAAUCAUUUCCUUUUGAUGGACCUAGCAUCCCUCCUGUCAAAGCACAAACUAAAACUGUGGAUGUUAGUAAAUGUGUAUCUGAUAGAGUCUCCAUGAUUCAUAAAUUAACAUCUCCUAGACAGAAACCAGAUUUGAGAAAAGUUACUAAAGAAUUACCUGAGCUAGCACCUGACUCAAAUGAGAAUUACACAGAUGAAAUUCAUGUGUAUGCGCAUCUUGAAAAACAUAAAAAUAGUAGUGGCAAGCAGAGCAGAAACAUGAAGCAUAGUAUGGCUCCAUCAAAAAAGCUUCAAACGUAUAAAGCCCUUGAACCAGAUCCCAUAAUGAAGUUAAAAAGAAUAAUUGGUUUUGGUGGCGCUACUUAUCAAAAUGUCAUUUGGUCAACUGAUGAGUCCUCCAUAAUCUAUCCUUGUCAUGCUGUGGUAGUCAGUAUGAAAAUAUCCACUGGUCAACAGAGGUUUUUCACUGGUCACACAGACAAGGUGUCCUGUCUGGCUCUGAACACCAACACUAAUUUGCUAGCCAGUGGUCAGACUGGCUCUAUGAGUACAGUGAAGAUAUGGAAGUACACAUCUGGGGAGUGUGUUCACACCACUUUAGUUCAUGAUCAUGGCCUUUCAUCACUCAGUUUUUCAAGUACUGGAGCUGUGCUUUGUGGCCUUGGACUAGAUGGGCAUAAUAAAAAUCUUAUUGUUGUGUGGAACACAUCCAAAGUCCAGAAGACUACUGUAUUAGCUAAGGCUCACACUGAUGUGGAUAUAGCUAGAAUCAUCUUUGCACCUUUUGAUGAAACAAGAUUGGUUUCCUGUGGCAAAGAUAAUGUCAGAGUGUGGAGGGUCAAAGAAGGUGUCCUGCGGUCAGCUCCUGUCAAUCUGGGAGAGUAUCAUUCUAUGGAAUUCACUGAUAUCUGUUUUGAAUUAUAUUCCCACAACAUACAUCCAUCAGUGAAUCAGUUAGUCUAUGCAUGCACCAAAUCUGGACAUAUUUUUGAAAUAGACUACAGUAAACUAGCCAUACAUCAUGUUAGAAGACUUUUACCAUUACACAAACGACCUGGGAAGUCUACCAAGCUCAAUCCUGAUGCUGAUUCAAGUGCUGCCACAAUGUCCAUCAACUCUAUCCACCUGAAUGAUACUUUCUGUGUGACUGGCUCUGAUGAUGGUUACCUGAGGUUGUGGCCAUUGGACUUUGCUCAUGUUUACCUUGAGGCAGAGCAUGAGGGUCCAGUCACUAUUACAAGAUUGUCUGCUGAUGGAUUAAAAAUAAUUGCAGGAACAGCUUCGGGAAACUUGGGUGUUCUUGAUGUAACAACCAGACAGUACACAACUCUCAUGAGGUCACACACUGGAAGUGUUCUGUGCUUUGCUCUUGACCCAGUACGUAAGCAAUUGGCCACAGCAUCAGCAGACAACACCAUCAGAGUCUGGGAUGUGGAAAGUUUACAGCAGCUCUAUGACUUCAGUGCCCCAGAUGAAUGUCCUUGCAGUAUAAACUACCAUCCUCAUAGGCAGAUUUUUGCAUGUGGAUUUCACAAUGGCACUAUUAGAAUUUUCAAUGUAGAGACAACAUCUUUACUUGCUGAACACAGGCAGCUGAGAGGUCAAGUGACGGGACUAGUGUACUCCCCUGAUGGGAACAGACUUUAUGCAAGCUGUUCUUUGGGAGUUGCUUCAGUUUUUGAUGCCUCCUCAUUAGAUUACAAGGUUAUACGAGUCAUCGCAGGCCUAGUAGCCAAAGGGAAUAAAUAUGGACCACAAGCUUUGGCAGUGAGCUCAUGUGGCAGGAGAGUCGCAUUCGUGGGUCCCACAGAGUUGACUGUGACUGUAGCUGAUGCCAAAUGUUUAGACGAGCUUGUUAGAAUUGAUGUUUCUAAUAUGAAUGCUGGCAUUUCCAACUUAGACUCUGCAGAGAGAGUCACCUUUUCUCCUGCCAGUCUGGGCCACUUGAUAGUUACAACAGCUAACAAUAAACUCAUCAAGUAUGAUGCUAGAACAGGUCGUUUGAUUCAGGAGAUCGACCACAUUAACAGGUCAGGUUGCAGUGCCCUAACAGUUUCUGACUGUGGGCAUUAUUUGGCCACUGGAGGAGAUAAAACUAUUAAAAUUUGGGACUACGAACUGAACUUAGAUAUUAACUUUCAGGUUUUUAUUGGUCAUAGUGAAAAUGUAAGCAGAAUACUGUUUACUCCAGAUGGUCUGAAUCUGAUAAGCUCAGGGGAAGCUAUCUACAUCUGGAAUUUUCUAGUCAAAAGAUCUGCAACACCGCCAAUAGAAGGACGAAUGUUACCUUUAGAUGAAGAGGUGCUAUCACAAGCAGAAGGUUUUGAUUUCAGUGAUGAGAAAUUGAGCAAUGUGAAACAUAAACCCAGUUUUCCUUUAAAGCAUAAACCCAGUUUUCCUCAACCCAAACCCACCAGAUUGAUUUCACCAAGAUCUGACGACAUAGAUGGACUUAGUUCUAUUGAUUCGGACAGUAAGUCUGAGGAUACUUUAACCCAGUGCAGUGUGUCCUCACAAAGCCUAAAGACGACAUACUUUCAGAAAGCUAAAGAUUUGUCUGGACUCAACCAUAGCAUUUUAAAAGGAGGCCAACAGGUGGUUGGUGACAAGGACAUAUCCAGUCUGACAGAGUCCCUCGGGGGCAAUGCCACGUUGGUGCCAAAUAGACCACAGCCAACAUCUGUCCACAAAUCAACUGUGAAAGUUAAAGACAAUGGUGUCAGAAGUGAUCCAUUCUAUCAGCCCUCUGUCUUUGUUCACUACAAGCAGAGAGAGAAAGCUUCCAGCUUAGCUCAGAAAAGGUAUGCAGCUCCCCCUGACCAAGCAGGAUUGAAGCUAAGCUCAGUAAUUGGUUAUAACAGUAAUGGCAGGAACAACAUGGUGUGGCAUCCAAAUACAGGACUAUUUGCGUAUACUUCUGGGUGCAUAAUCAUAAUAGAAGAUCUUAAUACAGGAGAACAGAAGCACCUGAUUGGCCACACUGAAGAAGUGUCCUGCCUAGCACUUCGUCAUGAUAGCUCUCAUUUGGUAUCAGCCAGUUCAUCCUUUAGGGACACGCCCUGUCAGAUGUGUAUAUGGGAUACCAAGUCACAGACCUGUAUAAAGACACUCCUGCAUCACACAUUCGGCAUUCAAAGUAUGGCUUUUUCUCAGGAUGACCGUUAUCUCAUUUCAAUAGGUGACUUCAGAGAAAGUAAUGUUGUUGUCUGGAGUACCAGUAACUAUCAAAUGGUGGCCAGUAGCCCAACAGAUUCAGCAAUGCACUCAGUCAAAUGGGACCCAUUCUCUGUCAAUGAGUUUGUCACAGUUGGAGACAAUGCAACAGUUUUGUUCUGGAUGCUGGAUGAGACAACAGCUGAUGUUUACCUCAAUGUCCAUGAAGCUGAGUUACCUGAAGAUUUGCAAUUGUCCAACAGUCAGGGUAAAUCCUUAGUGUUCACAUCUCUUGCCUAUGCUGGUGACAGUACAGUUUACAUUGGGACAAAUUUGGGUCGAGUCACAGCUUGGGACACAAGGCAGAACACUUGCUUCAUGCACUGGGAGGCAGAUACAGCUGAGAUAACUAGAAUUGUGUCUCGUUAUAACCAACUGAUGACAGCCUCAUACAGUAAAUGUAUCAGAAUCUGGUCUGUGGGCAGAGUCAGUGAGAUGAAAAUGACCAAGUCACUAGAGAAAGCUUCACUGGGUUUGACCAUGGAGGAUGAAAUGACAUUAGAUGACCCAAUCACAUGUGCUGAAUUUGAUGACACUCUGGAAAUGGGCAUUGUUGGAACAUCUUCUGGAACAUUAUGGUACAUCAACUGGACAGAGAGGACUUCCAUCAUUUUAGUCUCAGGACAUAAAAAUAAGAUCAACAGUGUAAUCUUUGUCCCCAAUAACCUGAUGGUGUCAGGAGGGGAUGACGGCAGUGUCAGAGUGUGGUCCUUGAAGAACAGAGAGCAGGUUCUACAAUUUAAAGUCAUGAAUCAGUCCUCUACUUGUCUGGCUUCUGGGCCAGCUGACCAGAAACAGAAUGUCAUCCCUUUAGUGCUCAGUGGCUACAGCGAUGGCACUAUUCGCAUUUUUGAUGUCAACAAAGCAGAAAUGGUGCUAAAAAUGCACCCACAUGCUGUGACAGUCACUGCUAUAGCUUUCUCAUCUGAUGGCCUUAUGAUCUUAUCUGGUAGCAGUGAUGGCCUGCUAGCUGUCAGCAGUCCCACAUCAGGUAUCACUGUAACAAUUAUCAAUGAUCACAGAGGUGCUGCCAUAUCCAACAUUGAUGUCAUAUUGGCUAAGGACUUGGAUUUCCCUUCCCCUUCAUUAUGGUUGGCUAGUAGUCUAGACAGACGGGUGAGUGUAUGGUCAGCUGACUGGGACAAGGAUGUGUGUGAGUUGGUUGACUGGCUCACUUUUCCUGCCCCUGCUGUCAUGCCAGAUGGCUCCAGAAUUAACAGACAUGACCAGGCCCAUUACAAUCUACUCCCACCAACCAUUGCCAAAUUUUCUCCUGAUGAACCAGACAUAAUAGUGUAUGCCAGUUAUGGCAUGGAAAAAUCACUUCUCUUCUACAGUUUGACUCACAAAAAAAUUAUGCGUACAAUGAAACUUACUCAUUGGGCUUCAAGUUUGGCUAUAUCUCCAGAUUCAUCACUAAUAGCUGUUGGAGUCUCUGAACGCUUGCUUAAAUUGCUGGACUACAAUGAAGGCAGCUUUCAAGAUUUCACCAAUCACACUGACUGUGUCAGUCUGGUUCAGUUCUCUCCUAAAGGAACUGUAUUGGUGACAGUGUCUCACAAUGAGCUGUUUGUCUGGGAUGUCACCUUCUAAUAGCAGCCUAGAACAUGUCUCCACAACAUAUUAGACACGCUUUUGCACUAUGUAGCAAAAUUGAAAUAGUCUUUUGAUUUCUUGAAAUUUUAGAUGUAAUAGGUUAUUAUUUUAUUUUUGAAAUUGUAUUUAUUCAUGUAUAUUUUGUACAUAAAUCCUACAGAAAAUUUGAUUGAAACAGUGAAGUUGUCGACAUUAGUCUGAUGUUGUUUUUUUUGUACAUCUAAGUGCCUCACACAAAAUGUUUUAAUGUAUUCAGCUGUUCAACACUUAAAAAUGCUCAAAAUAUUUUUUAUUGCAGCAGAUCUAAUAUUGACCUGUAAAAGAAUAGUAUUAGUUAAUUGAUGAGUGUUAUUCCAAAACUCAACUCUGUACCUUUACACUAAAGGGAGAAAAUACUUGAAAACAUCAUUGGCAUACAUAUAAUAUCAUUGAUGAAAUUUAAACAUUUUCUUUUUUUUUGAUAGAUCUAACUGAAUCAUUUUUAAAUUGUCACUGUCCAUUGCUUUCAAAUUUUCUAAAACUCUUUUUAUAAAAUCUCUAUUGGUGAUUGAAAGUUGAGCUUCAAAAGUGAAUCCAAUUUUUUUUAAAAUUACUUUAUAGGUUCUUAUGAUAAUAAAAUAAUGGUGGCUUUGUUCAAAUCAGUACUGUUUAAUGUGGAUAGAGUUUGUAUUUAUUUUCUAUUUAGAUAUUGACAUCUUUCUAGAAGAUAAUGGCAAUGUCUUUGAUUCCAAAAAUUAAGGAUGAGCGCAGUGUUUCAUUACCUACAUUGAGGCACCAUGCAAGAUUCGUUGACAGUCUUUCUCCAUUCCUCUCUGUCUUUUGCCUUAGAACUUCUUUCAAUGGCAGGCCUGUCCAUUCUUUUUUAUGUUGUCCUCCAAUAGUUUUAUAUGAAUACGCAAACCCAGUAGCAACCUGCAUAUUUUUCCCCAUCUCGUGCAGACAAAGCUUUGUCUGCCGGCAGUUUAAUUUUUUUUCCAGAAAAUACACAAUUCAUUAUUUGCCUUUGAUAUUAAAUAUAAUUCAAUGUGAGAGUCAAACCUGCAGUAAAAAUUUCUAAAAUUUUUCAAUUACUUUUUUUUUUCAUUCAACCAGUCUAUUGUAAUUCAUUUUUUCAUAGACUAAGGUAGAAUCAGGCCCUUUCUGACAACUUAUCAUUUAUUCACCAGGAUUUGACCUCAAGACCCAUCAGUUUGGAAGCUUUACAACCUCAUCCAUUACCCUUUAUAAAAUCUGGGAUUUGAUUUCUAAACUUUGUUACUUAUAGUAAAGAUUUUAAUUUACAGUAGUGUAAAAAUAAACUGAAAUGAGUUUUGGAAUACAUUCAAGGACAAAAACUGACCUUGACCUGUAUGUAGCAAUAUGAGAUUUAUCUAUCUGAAUGUCUGACACAUAUUUGUUUAAGCACAAGAUAGUCCAAUAUGAUACAUUUAUAGAUUUAUAUUUAGAAAAUCAGGAAUGACUGACCAACUGGGAACAUCAAAUUAAACUAGAAAUACUGCUUUUUAUUUGAUGUCAAAGAUUUUUUUAAUUCUGGUUCUAUUUAAUGUAAAUAACACUGUCAAUAAAUUAUUUAUUAGUUUCUCUUUCAUUUCA